GUAAAAAUGAAUAAAACAAGAUAAAUAUGAUAUAGAAAAAAUAAGAUAAAUUUAUUUCAUUUCACUCUUCAUCCAAUUGUAAUAUAAUUCGUUUAAUUUGUUUUGGAUGAUAUAGUCUUUGGACUAAACUAAUGCAUUAGUUAAAAAAAAUUUUGUUUUUUUUUCUAUAGAAUGAUAAAUCUAAUUCAUUCAAGAUAAAUGAGAAAUUUUGUUGUGUAAUUUUACUGAAUAGAUUUAUCUACAUUAUUUCAUUCCAUAAAUGUCUAUUUUACUAACAAAACUGCUGACCAUAGUUCAUGUAGACUAUAAAUAAAAAAAAGUCUUUCAGCAACAGAAACAAAUCUUAAUACUUGAUUGAGAAACUAAAGUCCCUUGAUUCCAUUAAUCAUAUGACAGAAUAUAAACAAUAUACAAGAAAACUUAAGUCCUGUCCUUCUUCUAUGACCUCCAAUGUUUAAAUUGGUAAGGACAUAUACCAAGUAACUAUCCACUUAUAAACAUUAAUCUUUAAUAGCAGCAACCCAUACACACAAAGAAACGUAUUAGCGAGUAAUAACACCGUUUUGAUUAUUAAUUAGUUAUCGACCAAAAAAACAGUUCUUAUACAAACGAGUUGCGAGUCAGUUCUUAUACAUAUAAAUAAAGGAGAAUUGUUUCAAGAUUAGUCUAGUAAAAAACCGAAAAAACAAUAUAUAUAAACUGAUGUAUUUAGAUAUAACUCAAAAGAUGGUGAAGAUGAAUCCCAAAACCAUAGUUACAAACCUCCUCCUCUUACUCCUCCUGCAAAUCUCCAACUUCUCCAUCGUUGUCUUCUCUCUGGAGCGGUUAUAUAGGAAACCUUAUAAAUCGGAGUUUAGCAUACGACCAAGCACUGUCACACGUAUCAUCGUGGCCAACGAACUAUGGGGUCUUAAGAAUGGGAACGCUGGCUUUGUAUGUGCUCACGGUCCCAAGGUUUGGCGUAAAAGCAAUCCGGGAGACCGGUACGUUGUAAUCAAGUUCGAACACACUGGUAUUACAAGGUAUAAAUUCGUACAUUGCCAUCUCCGGUCGAGUCGUGGGUAUGUCAAUGUUCCUAUCAAUAUUCACCCUGACACUUCUGCUAGGUGUUACCCUAGUUAUAAAUGCCAUUACUUUAUUAGAAAAGAUGGAGUUUAUUACAAGCCUGAGAAGAAGCUCUUCCCAUGGCUGCCGUUUCCACGCUCUAAAAAUGGACGUCACGCCAAGGCUUAAGUGAUUUAUAGAUAUUGAUGAUGUAUUGUAAGUUUGUAACUUAUAAUACAAUCUUGGUGAUCCACUCAAAAAAAAGUAUUCACUCAAAAUAAAUAAAGAAUACAUACUACUUACUUACGUUCCACGAAUAUAAAUGUUUUGGAAAACAUUGUUUCAUUAUAAUAAAUUUUAUGUUUUCUAUAAAAAAAUAUUAUUUAAUAAUAACAAAUUGAACAUUUCAAAAAAAAUAAUAAUAUUGACUUAAAUUUACUGAAAUUGAUAAUCACAUAAAUUAAUGCAAUUAUGGUAUAAAUUUAAAUUGUUUUCUUAACAUAUUGAGAUAUCACAUAACUGACCACUAAUUACAAGGUACUAAAAUAUUUUUAAAAUAGUGUCUAGUAUAAAAAAUAUAUAUUGGGAUAUUUAUCUAACUGAAACCCCUAUAUGUCGUAUUUGUUUAACUUUUUUUUUUUUGUAACUAUUUGUUUAACUUUCUUACGGAUGUUAUUAUGGCUUUAUUUACUGUCAUAUCGAUGGUGUACACAUAAAAAUAACAACAAAUAACUAUAUGAACUUUGCAACAAAUUUUAGAAAAACGUUUUUAAAAAUUAAAGCAUAAGGAACAAACCAACCCAAAAUUCUAAACACGAGGCAAAUUAUCACGACAAGUAAAAAAUGACGUUUAAAAUUGAUAGAUUUAUAAGAACCUUAGCGUGGUUCCUUGUAACGCAGGUCACCGUGGUCUCCCAGGCCGGGAGGUCACAUUUCGUCACAACAGAGCUGAACAUACGUAAUGAAAUGCAAGGCUUGAAACGUCCAGAGAUAGUUUACCACUGCCAAGCUAUAAAUAAUGGUCUUGAAUACGGUUGGAGACGAGCCAAAAAGCCACCACUGGGCCAUACCUUCCAUGUACUCUUGGAAGGAGGUCAAAAACUGGAGGAGGAGAUUCACCGCUGCCAUUUCCGAUCGGUGCUCGGUAAAGCAGACGUCGAUAUCCGUAUGACUGCGAUUGAUGCUGAGAUUUGUAAUUAUAAAAGGGCAUGUGCCGUUCAUGUCGUUACACCGGAAGGGAUAAUGUUUCAUGGUAAAGAAUGGGAUUUUAAAGAGAGGUAUCCACGGCUGAUACCACGGACAUAUCUUGAAGCUAAGUGGAAACCUUGGCCACGCCGCAGCAGCAGCGGCCGUGAGGACCCGAGAAGCAAACGUCGCUCUGGAGGAGGUUCACAAAUGAUUUAAUGCCUAUAAGAUUAAACUAUUAAACGAAUAUGAAUCACUGGGGUUUCAUGUGCAAGAGCUAUAUUAAUGCGUUUGAAGAAUUUUCGUUUCUUUUCUCUAGUGUGAUUUGUUUUCGAAUUACACUUUAGUUUAUGCUACUAAUAAUUACAAAAAAAAAAAUACAUAGUAUGUAAGUCUGCUUUACCAUUUUUGAUGUCUAUAUAUGUUUUUCUUUUCCCUUAAAUGUUUUUUCUUCGAUUAAAAUGGCUAAUUGAUCCUUCUACGUAAUACAUUAAAAUAGCUGAAAAUAAAUUUGAACCAUAGCCAACAAAAAACAUUUCAAACAUAUCUUUUUUGUGAUUUACGUGAAGUGUUCGUCUAAUGAAAACAUUGUAAUUAAUUUUUUUUUUGAACUUUUGCAAUUAAAUACUUCCACAAACAUUUCUGUAAAUUACAAAUAGAAACGAAAAUACAAAAAUACUGUUUACUUUUACAUACAGUAAAAAAAAGAUUACAUUUUACAUGUUAGUUUCGCUUGAAAUUAAAUACAUGAUUACAACAUGCUAUUGUAAACUCAGCCACCACUUGAGCCACGCUAGGUCGGGUUAUAAUCCACACUUUACUUUCAGACCUGAACAUGCAAUAUUUGAAUAAAGAAGGAUAAAAGGUCGUUUAAUGAUGUAAAUCAAAAUAACAUCAUACUAUUUUGCUAAACGUAAAAUAUGGAUUCACGUACUUAAAUAAAUUGAUAUUUUGUUCUCUAAACCUAAGAUAAUUUUGUCUUUUUUGAUAUAACGAUUCAUCACUUUCAGUGUUAUUUCUAUUUCCCCUAAGGCCAACCUCAACAAUCAGAUACUCUUUGGAGCUUUCUAACAAAAAAAAUAUUAAUAUUUAAUAUAAUAUAAAUAAAUAGUUAAAAUUUAAUUUAAAAGUAAAAAUUGAAUCAACAAAGGAUUGACAAAUGUUGAAUGAGGUUGUAAAGAAGUUAUUAAAAGCUCUUAUUUUAUAACUUCAAUUCAUUCUUUCUUUUAACUUUUUCUUAUUUUUAAUUUUUUAAUGAUGAAAACUCUCCAUGAUAACCUUCCAUUAGAGGUGCUGUAAUAGCUAUUUCGUCUAACGUCUACUGGUAACUCUAGCACAACUAACAGACGCGUUUAUGAAAAUGCACGCCUCGUGGGAAAAUAUUGUUAGAAGUUAUAACAAUAAUGCUGUUUUCUUUUUUUUUGUGGGGUGUAUAACAAAUCAAUUGGUAUCACUUCGUUGGAGAUAACUUAGGUAUUAUUAAUUAUCCUAAAUAUAUACUAGUUUUUUGGAAUUGGUUAUAUAUCUCGUUAGUAGGCACAAAACUAACUUCCUUCCAUAACUUUCCGUUUCCUUCUGUAAAUAUAUAAAUCAAAAGAAAAUGCAAGUGUCAUCAAGAAACAAAAACCAAUAGGAGUAAAAGAAGAAGAAGAAAAAUAGAGAAAUGUUAGAAGUAAAUAGUUUUGCCAAGAAAGCUAUAGUUUGGUGCCUUGUGUUGCAAGCCCUUAUAAUUCAAGGAGACUCGAUUGAAAGUGGAGAUGUGAGUUUCUCUAUAAUGUUAAGAAACGAAAUGUACGGCUUAAGACGUCCAUUGGUUGUCUACCGGUGCAAGUCGUCUGGAAAAUCUCUCCGGUGGCACCAAUCAUAUCGCAAACAGGAGUUUACAUGGGAUUUUGAAGUCCCGCCAUUUGGAAACGGCGUGGUCAUUCACCAGUGCCACUUCAUGUCGAGCCAAGGGACAGCGGAUGUCAUUAUCAAGACGUUGUCGAUGACAUCGAUCUUGUGCGGAGGACAUGUGUGUAAAUAUGUUAUUGGGCCGAACGGUAUAUAUUUCGUUGGUUUUGAGACCUAUUAUCCGCACAAUAUUUUCUUAAGAUUUGUGGAGUUGGUAAGGCCUGUUGUCAAGCUUGUUGAGCCAUGGAAGGCGUGGUCACCGCGGCAGCUAAAAGAGUUUCGAGCGGAACGCAACCGCACCAGGUCAGAGGAUGAUGACGACAUGGUAUACAACGAUUAGGCAUAGAACAAAUAAUUCCUGCAAUGACACCAAAUAGCAAAAAUUUAAAAAUUUAAAAAGAAAAGAGAGAAGAUAUGUUGAACAAUAUAGGAGUUAGUUUUAUUUAUAUGAUAUGUACAAGUUGAUAUGUAGUGUCUUUUUGUGUCUUAAGCUUUAACAUAAUCUGUCGACCAAAAAAAAAAAAAUUCUUCAUUCUGUAACAUAAUUUGGAAAUGCUAGUCGCGUUUAUGUAUUUGGCAUUUUUAAUCUCCAUAUUCAUGCAUGUGGUGAACUAAUUGUCUCGUCCUUUGUCUGGCCUGACUAGUUUGUGUUAAGGACGUAUUUCACGUGCACAUCGCCUAGUUUGACCUUUUAUGUAGAUUUGUAGUUUUUCUUUUCUCACAAGUGUACACCUUCUAGUUUGG